CCAUCUACGUAGGCACGUAUGAAUUAGUGCUCUAAAAAUAUUAACUAAUGACACUAAUGUAUCUAAUGCAUGUGACCUAACCUUAAGGGUUAUUCUUCAAGCUCUGCAUAACUACUGUGGUUUAGCCGAAGAGGUUGAUGAGAAAGUAUUACACGCAGCGUUUAUACCCUUUGGUGAGAUUGUCGAUGUCCAAAUACCACUGGACUAUGAGUCUGAAAAGCAUAGAGGAUUUGCAUUCAUUGAAUUUGAGACGGCGGAGGACGCAGCCGCGGCUAUAGAUAACAUGAACGACUCAGAAUUGUUUGGCCGAACAAUAAGGGUAAAUAUCGCUAAGCCGCAAAAGAUAAAGGAAGGUUCAUCGAAACCGGUAUGGGCGGACGACGCUUGGCUGCAAGAACACGCGGGCGAAACAUUGAAGAAUGAUGAUAACGCAAAGGCAAACGAUGUUACGCAAUCGGCGAAAAAGAAACAGAAUCCUCAGGUUUACUUUGACAUAAGUAUAGGAAAGCAAGAAGUCGGUAGAAUUAUCAUGAUGCUACGAGCAGACAUAGUACCGAAAACCGCAGAGAAUUUUCGAGCACUUUGUACACACGAAAAGGGAUAUGGAUAUCAGGGCAGCACCUUUCACAGAAUUAUUCCAGAUUUUAUGUGUCAAGGAGGUGAUUUUACGAAUCACAAUGGUACAGGUGGAAGGUCGAUCUAUGGCAACAAAUUCGACGAUGAGAACUUUGAAUUGAAACACACAGGACCAGGAACCUUAUCAAUGGCCAAUUCUGGCCCAAAUUCAAACGGAUCACAAUUUUUCAUGUGUACUGCCAGAACGGAGUGGUUAGAUGGAAAACACGUUGUUUUCGGGCAUGUUCUCAGUGGAUUGGAUGUACUUAGAAAGAUUGAAAAAUUGGGAACAAAAGGGGGCACACCGACACAAAAAGUUGUUAUAUCAGCUUGUGGAGAAUUAGUAUAAUCAUUUCUGUAUAUAAAAAAUAUUUUAUAAUAAAUUGGAAUUUGUAAAAAGCAA